AUUAAAUUAUGAUUAUGAUUUUAAAGUAGGUGUUGUUAUAGGGAUCAUAGUAUCAGUCUCUGUAUCAGUCUUUUCUAGACCUUUACUUUUUUGCUAAAACUUUCUUUCCUCUUUUUAAAUUUCAAGUUUCUUGUUAAUUAUUCAAAAUGCGUAAAGCCCAGAAGCUGUUGACCCAAAUGUGGCGGCCAUCCAGCGGUGGGCUUAAAUUGAAAUAUCGGUCUUUCAACCAGCAAAACUUUACUCCCAAGAGUCCUGAAGAGGCACUUAAGCGCCCAACGCAUUACCAGUCUAUGCGCGAAUUCUUUAUGCAUCCGCUGACCUGGGACCGCAACAAUGGCUACUUCAAUGUGGUGCUGGCCCUAAGCAUCUUCGGCUUCUGCUUCUUUAACUCUUGCGCCCCGUGCGAACAACGGAUGAGCGGAAUUGAGGAGCGCUCAGUAAAUCCAGAUAGAUCCAGGUUGGGACCCAAC